UCUAGAAAACAUUGCUGAAUUACAGUAAAAUAUUUCCUCUGAGAGAGAAAGCAUUUCUUUACUUCUGUGUCUGAAAUGUGCAAGAGAUAAUUUUCUCUUUUAAAUAUACUUUGAUGGAUUUACAAAGAGUAUUUGCGGCAUUUUUAAAUAUUGGCAUUGAUCACAUUUAGAAGAAAUAUAAGAGAAGUGAUAUUUGUUUGGAAUUAACUAUUAAAGCAAAAAGAAGAAAAAUAUCCAUAAAUUUUGGUGAGAGGAGAGACAUUUUUGAAAAGUUAUUGACGGAUUGAUUUUAUUUUUCCUGCAGAGAUGUCGGAAGAAUUAGGAAAAUCGUUACAUGACUGUGACACCAGCAAAACAUCAUUUUCAAAUGAAGGUAAACUCAACCAACACAAAUGCAUUCAGAGAGGUGAGAAACAACAUCACUGCGAUACCUGUGGAAAAUCUUUCUAUCAAAAUUCAGAUUUAGUCAGUCACAAACGCAUUCAUACAGGGGAGAAACCAUAUCAUUGUGACAUCUGUGGAAAAUCGUUCUCCCUUGGAGGUAGUUUAAUUAAACACGUACGAAUUCAUACAGGAGAGAAACCAUAUCACUGUGAUAUCUGUGGGCAAUCAUUCUCUCGAAGAGAUAAGUUAAACAUACACAAAUAUAUUCAUACGGGAGAGAAACCAUAUCAUUGUGACACUUGUGGUAAAUCAUUCACUCAAAAUAGGGAUCUAACUACUCACGUACGCAUUCAUACCGGGGAGAAACCAUAUCAUUGUGAUAUCUGUGGUAAGGCAUUCUCGACAGGGAGUACCGUCACGAAACAUAAACGCACCCAUACAGGAGAAAAACCGUACCACUGUGAUAUCUGUGGUAAAUCAUUCUCCGCUACAAGUAACUUAACUACUCACAAACAUAUUCAUUCAGGAGAGAAACCUUAUCACUGUGACACCUGUGGUAAAUCAUUCUCCGCUGCGUCUAGCUUGAUUACUCACAAACGUAUUCAUACAGGUGAGAGACCGUUUUAUUGUGAUAUCUGUAGUAAAUCAUUCUCUGAUGGCAGCAGGUUAACUCGACACAAACGCCUUCAUACAGGGGAGAAACCGUAUCACUGUGACAUCUGUGGUAAAUCGUUCUACGAAAAUCGAUGCUUGGUUAGUCACAAACGUGUUCAUACAGGUGAGAAGCCAUAUCAGUGUGAUAUUUGUAGUAAAUCAUUGUCUAACCGAGAUAGCUUGGCUAUUCACAAGCGUAUCCAUACAGGUGAGAAGCCUUACCUGUGUGAUACCUGUGGGAAAUCGUUUGCUCGGAAUAAUGAAUUUGCUAUCCACAAACGCUUACACACGGGUGAGAAACCGUAUUGUGAUAUUUGCGGUAAAUCAUUCUCGAGAAACUAUCAUUUAACAGUUCAUAAACGUGUUCAUUCGGCAGAGAAGCCGUAUCAUUGCGACGUCUGCGGGAAAUCAUUCUCUGUUGGGAGUAGCUUAACUAAACACAAACGAAUUCAUGCAAGAGAGAAAUCUGAAGUCCCUCCUAAAUCGUUCUUUCAAAAUGAUGAAUUAUCAAUGAGUUAACUGUCACAUUGAUGUGAAAGAUAAAACCAUACCCUAAGAUAUUGUUGGUUAAUCAUUCUCUCCAAGUGCUCAGUUGUUGCAACUCUAAUGCAUUCAAACAGAAAAGGUAAACUUAGUCAACACAAUUGUAUUCAUACAGAAGGGAAGUAUAUCAGCAAGGCUGGAUUGAGGCCCAUAGAGACCCUAAGCACUUAAAAGGUUUUGGUACCUUCAAGAAUACAUAAAUAGUUCAAAAUAUAAACAAUAAUAAACCAUGAAAUAAAUUUUCAUUUUCCAAAAUGAAACAAAAUUAACAAUAAGACUUUGUUUAUUUUUACUCUUUU